GCACAUUGGAAGUGGGCUGCAGCAGCGGUAGCCAAAAUUCUACAAAAUAUUCCGCGCCGCUGAAAAACAGCUGAUUGCUUUUUAGCAGCCUUUUUCAGCCGUCCACCGCUUGUUCUCUCUCCCGACCGCCCUGGCUGUGCCGUGUUGUGGUGCGGACGAAAUUGUAUACUAUCAGUACCAUUCCGAAUUCAUGGAUGCAGCCGAUCAUUCCCAUCACCACCAUCACGACGAAUAUGAUUCCUGCUGUCUGUGCUCGCUCUUCUACGGUUCUCUUGGUCUGAUUGUGCUGUACGGUGUGGUGAGAAUGUUUCUCAAUCGUGCGGUGCUGACGAAAUGGGGGAAGAUUGUAUACGCGGGGUUCCUGGGGAAGGUUGACAAACAGAGCAAAAAGCACGGUGGGGAUCUUGUUGCAUCUGUUCUGAAGUCGCAUGGUAUUCCUUACGUGUUCUGCUUGUCGGGCGGACAUAUUUCACCCAUUCUGACAUCGUGCGAGAAACUGGGCAUCCGUGUGGUGGAUACGCGCCAUGAGGUGAAUGCUGUAUUCGCAGCCGAUGCCGUCUCGCGUCUGUCGGGGAAGAUCGGAGUGGCGGCCGUCACCGCCGGACCCGGCGUCACCAACACGGUCACGGCCAUGAAGAACGCCCAGAUGGCGCAGAGCCCGUUGCUGCUCAUCGGCGGCGCUGCCGCCACCAUCCUGAAGGGCCGAGGUGCUCUCCAGGACAUCGAUCAGGUGUCGGUUUUCCAAACAAUCUGCAAAGCCACGUAUUCGGUUUCUCGGAUGCAGGAUAUUGUGCCGACACUCCGCUCAGCCAUGCAGAUCGCACAAAGCGGCACACCUGGCCCGGUGUUCGUCGAGUUCCCCUUGGAUAUCUUGUAUCCCUACAACGUGGUGUCGGAUACGUUUGUUAAACCAGACGCCGCCAAGAAAGCCAAAGGAUUCCCGGCUAAAAUGGAACAGCUGAUAUCAAGCACCUAUCUCCAAGGUAUUUUCGCCGAACCGGCCUCCCCGCAGGACACCAGUCCCCUGCCGGUCACCCGUCCCACCGUCUCCGACGCCCAUUUAUCCACCGUCACCCAGCUGAUCUCGCAGGCCAAGAAACCCAUGUUUCUGGUGGGCAGUCAGUGCACACUGGCGCCCAAUCCCGUGUCGGAAGUGCGCGGCGCCUUGGAACGCCUGCGCAUUCCCUCCAGCUUGUCGGGGAUGGCGCGCGGGCUGCUAGGCACGAAAGCUGACUUCCAGAUUCGCCAGGCGCGGAAGGAUGCCAUUCGGGAGGCGGAUUUGAUCGUUUUGUGCGGCGCCGUGGCGGAUUUCCGGCUGAAUUACGGACGUGAUUUCCGGCGCGGGAAGAAGAUCAUUUCCGUCAAUCGGGAUAAGCAAUUGGCGGGAUUGGUAAGACUGGGUGAUCCUGGCUUUUGUUUCUUGGUUAUUUUGAUGAAUUUUUGUUUGCAGAAUUCAGGAUUGUUUUGGCAGCCGACGCUGGUCACGGAAGGCGAUCCCGGAGAUUUCCUGUUGCGGUUGGAAAAGAAAUUGACGCAGACUGGAUAUAAAGUGGAGGAAGAGUGGGUGAAGGCUAUUCAGGAUCGCAACAAGGCAGCUGAGGAUAAAAACAGAUUACGCGCUGAGGAGACAACCGAUCAGCACCUGAACCCGAUCAAAGUGUUGCACGUUAUGGAAGAAACACUGCCGGAAAACACAAUUUUAGUGGCGGACGGAGGGGAUUUUGUGGCUACUGCUGCUUAUGUCAUGAGACCUCGCGGCCCGUUGAUGUGGCUGGAUCCCGGACCAUUCGGGACGCUGGGUGUGGGUGGUGGAUUCGCGUUGGGCGCGAAACUGGUCCGCCCUGAGUGUGAUAUCUGGCUGAUUUGGGGCGAUGGAUCGGCGGGGUACAGUCUGAUGGAAUACGACACAUUCCAACGCCAUAAGACGCCGGUGAUCGGAGUGAUCGGGAACGAUGCCUGCUGGUCGCAGAUCGCGCGCGACCAAGUGGAUUUGCUGGGCAGCGCGGUUAGCUGCAUGCUGGAUUUCUCCGAUUACGAGAAAACCGUGGAAGCUUUCGGUGCAAAAGGCAUCAAAAUCGGUCGGCAGGACGCCGGCCGGAUGGCGGAUGUUUUUCAGGAAGCGGUGAAGACUAGCCGCGCUGGACAGAGCGUCCUGAUUAACGUGCUCAUCGGCAAGAGCGAUUUCCGCAAAGGCAGCAUUUCCGUUUAAUUAACAACUGUUUUUUUCUGAUUUUUAUUCGUAAUUUUUGAUGAAAAUAAAACUUUUAUUUAAAUUACGUUUUUGUUCUGUUAAUUUUUUUAUUUCUAAUGAAUGGAGUUAUGGGACAAUGUUAACAAGUUAAUUUAUGAUUGAUGCUCAUCUUACUUCGACGUUUUGUUUUAUCGGUGUUCAUUACCAGUCAGCGCUGUUGAAUUAUUCAGAAUUCUUAUCAGGAGGGUGG